AUUCCUAAAUAAAUGAUAAUCUUAUAGUAAUUAAGUAUACUUUCAACUGUCAAUUUGAUAUUCAUUUUAUUUCUUUUACAAAUCACUUCAAAAUGUAGUAAACGUGUAAUACCCCCUUUUAAAAUACUUGAAACGAAUCAACUUGUAUACUCAAUCGGAAUGACAACAACAACAACAAAAUAUAAAACUUAUCUCAUAUAUAAAUUAUAAAAAAACAUUUUCAUUUCGAAUUCUCAACUAUAGACAAUGAUAUCACCAUCAUCAUCAUCAUCAUCAUCAUCAUCAUCAUCAUCAUCAUCAUCAUCAUUAUCAUCAUUAUCAUCGUUAUCAUUAUCAGAAUAUGACUUUCUUCACUCAUCAAAAUAUAUCAUAUAUGUUUAUCUAUAAAAAGAAUUCAUUUAUGAAUUCGAUUACAUUUUCUAUAUUGUAUACCUUAAAAAUUAUAUUUUACGUAAAUUAGUACGUCAUCUAUUGAAUUUCACAACAACAACAAAAACAAAACAAAACAAUCAACGCCAUCAUUUUUUCUUCAUGGUGUAAAUCAUUUCUUUUCUUGUAACUAAUCAAAUAUCAUUUAAGUUCUAGUUCUAUACACACAACAUAUGGAUAAAAUAAUAAAAAUGUUAAAAAAGAAACAAUAUUUCAUAGGUUACUUUAUAUGAUAAUCGUUUUUUUUUUUCAUUUUGUCAUUAAACUAAAUAUCAACCUUCAAAAAUGUGCUCGAAAAAUGUUCUAAUUAUUGAUUUUAUAAUUUGUUUUUUCUAAGUUAACCAAUCAACGAUUAGUUCACAUUUGAUUGGUUAGUAUGGAUAAUAUUGGUACCUUUUUCAAUGAUACUUUCAUAUUUCUUAUUUCUAGUUACUUACUGUUUGUAUAAUUUUAUUGAGAUUAAGUUGAACAAUUUCAAUUGGAUUUAUACUACAAAUUAUUAAUGCAAUUCAUACUUCUUUCAUGUUAUAUUACGUAAUUGGAUAAAUUAACUAUCGAGUUUCUUUUCUCUUUUAAGUAAAUAAAAUCAUUAACAACAUCAACAAGGCAUUUCGAUGGCCAAUAUUGAUAUGACCUGGCCAACAACAAUAGUUACUGUAUCUGGUGAAAAAACAGUGUUUGGUCAACGUAGUAAUAGUAUAACAGAGAAAUCAUCUAAUGACAAUAUACAAAAAACAAUCAAUUCAUCUAUGCAACAUGAUAUUGAAAACUUAAACUUAAAUCAUUUGAAUGAAGAUGAACGUCAAAAGGUUUUAUGUGUAGUAAAAAAAGACUUUGAAGUACGUGCUAAAGAACGAGAAAGAUUGAACCGAUUUCGUUCAAGUAUUUUAAGACGAGAUAGAGAAUUGGCUGUUAAAAGUUUAACAUCAACUACUGAAAGUACAUCUUGUUUAUUAUGUGGACGUGCAUUUAUACCUUUGAUUAAUCCUAAACAUAUAUGUUUCAAUUGUCAACGUGAAAUUUGCCGAAAUUGUUCAGAAUCUAUGAAUAAAUACGAUGAAUUCUUAUGUAGAAUGUGUUUAAAAGAGAAAAAUUAUCGUGCAAUGACAUGUAAUUGGUUUUACGAGACAGUAAUUCAACGAUUCAGAGAAUUCGGUAGUACAACUGUUGCUAAAAGUUUAUUUGGAUCAACGUACAAACAAGUUCAAAAUAUGGCUGAAGAAGAACUUUGGAAUCUUUUAUUUCGAUCUUCAUCAUCCAAAAGAAACUCUAUCGAAUCGAAAGAAUCCGACAAGUUUUAUUCAGCAGAUCAAGCUAGAGAAGCACAAAUUAAAAAAUUAAGAAAUCGAUUAGAAAAAUUAAUGGAAGAAACUUUAUCUGAAUUAAAUGCUGUUGAAAAAAAUGAUUCAUUAUCACCAAGACAAAUCACUUGGCAACAUGAAAGUGUGGGCAUGAAGUUUAAAAAGAACGCCUGUCGUGAAAUGAGAAAUUUCAUUCAAAUUCUCUACAUAACAACUGAAAAGGAACGAAUGAGUCAAGGUAUGAACACUAAGAAUAUUACUCCAUACGUAAUGGAUACUUUAGAAGGUGAAAUCGGUCGAAUAGUUGGAUAUAGUGUGAAGGGUGUUACAGAUACAAACAGUUUGGCUGGUGAAGAUGAUAAAGAAUCCGUUACAAUGGUUGAUCGUGAUGGUGUAGAAGGACGAUUGGCUGAAAUUCUUUUCAAUAAACUCUAUUCCGACAUUAAUUCUACGAAACAAGAGACUGUUAAAAAGUUUUCAUUUCAAACAUCUAAUCCCAUAGUAACUAAUACAAAUUUCAAUAAAUCAUCUUACAAUUUCAUGAAUCAAUCAAAUCAAAAAGAUGAACUCAAUGUUACAGAAGGUUUUCCAAUUCGAAUGGAAUAUUCUUUACCAUAUAAUGAACAAUGCGAACUUCAAUGGUAUAAAUUAAACAAUAAAAAUCAACGAGUCCCAAUCAAACUUGAUUUUCGUAUUGAACAUGUUAUCACUGGUGCAAUUCAUAUGUCAUUCAAACAACAUCAACAAUUAAAUCAUCAAUAUCCAAAACAUCCAUUUGUUUUGUCAAAUUCAGGUUUGAUUACAAGUGAAACAAAACAAAAGUUGAAUCAAUGGAAAUGUAAAUUAUUAGAAUCUGAAUCAAAUACUAAUGUCAAUAAUAAUAAUAAUAAUAAUAAUAAUAAUAAUAAUAAUAAUGGUAAUGAAAUCAUCUACCUACAACAUCAUCUAAUCAUAUGGGCAAGUAAACCUGAUGAUGCUGGAAGAUAUUUUGCAUCAAAUCAAUAUCCAUCGAAUACAGAUGGUGUAUCAUCAACCGAAGAGAAGGAAUUUAUACUACAAGUAAUAAAAUCCAAUCAAUCAUCAGGCAGUCCACAAUGUUCACCAGAAUUUAUUGAACCUCUUAUAGUACAACCAAUGAGCAGUGCUACUAGUGAUCCUUUUAUUGAAAUGACAUGUAUAGUGACAGGCAAUCCUAUACCAAGAUGUUUAUUAUACCGAAAUUCAGUACCUAUCCCAGUGGUUGUAAUGCCUUUUCUCAAAAUCGAACCUAAUGACCCACUAUCUACAUUGAGUUCUUUAACGCAAAAAUACACUGUCACAACAUCAUUAUUUGAUUUAAACAAAUCAGAUCGAUCAAACAGUUAUACAAGAAAGAUUACACUACGUCUUAAUCGACCAUCCAGUUCAGAAGACAUAGCCACCUAUAGUUGCCGUGCAUGGAAUUGUCAUGGUCGAACUAUUACAUCAAGUGUUUUAUCAAUGCAAGAUCACUUUGCUAAAUUCGAUUGUCCCUUGGAAAAACCGAAUAUGAAUGACAAUAUCGAUAUGGUAAAAAUUGAUUCAAUUCAAUCAACAGUAAAUACUUCUCAAAAUGUUCGUGAUAAUGGUGAUGCUCUGAUCAAAAAAGAAGAAUUCCCUCUAAUUACCGUAAUAAGCGAUUCACAUGACAGUAUCAGUGAAUUCAAACGAUUUGAACCGAAAUAUUCAAGUUCUAUCAUUGAAAUAUCUCCUGAAAACCAAUCCAUCGAUGUUAAUGUGAAAACCUCUACUGUGAUAAAAACACACCGUUGCUGUACACAGUGUACAAUGAUAUGAAAAAUUAUGAAAUAUACUUUUUUUAAGUAAUAUGUGAUAGAUUAUUCAUUGUUACCAUUUAAAAUGUAUAAAAGCUGUAUAUAUGACGGAUGAUGAUGAUUGUAGCGGUGACCGUAAAUAUUCAGGUCAUAGGACUAAACAAAAAAGACUCCAUUAGAAUGAAUGGCAAGACUAUAAUUAAUGAACGAACCAAUCAGGUAUAAGAUAACAGGUCUCGGAUUCGGGAGCGAAAUUCAUUCAUCCAUUUGGAUAAAUAGAAUUUUGGCAUUAUAGCUGAUGUCAGUUCGUGAUGAAAACCCGAAAUUUAAUUCCUCAGAUUAAUCAUCGACUGUAGAUUAUAAUUCUAAUUUCUCACACAGGUUCAUAACCCUCAUUUGGUCCUGGUUAUUAAAUGAACACUCUCAAGGUCAGUCUCGAGUCGCUUAAAGGUCGUCCAUAAAUUACAGUCUCACCGAAUGAAUUUCACCAGUUGAAAUAUACUAUUCAAAAAAGUCAAGUUAAAUCAAGAAUGAAGAUAUAUGGUGAUCAUAUAAUGAUUUAGUUGAUUAGGUUGUAAAGAUUCGUUUAAUUUGUAAGUGGUUGUCAUGAUGAAUGAACAUCAGUUGGAAUAACUCUGAUAACAAGGAAUCAUCUUAAAAGUAUUUUAUAUUAAUAUAAAUUAUCAAUUUUAAAUUGACUGAAAGAGUUCAGCCAAGCUAAAAGUGAAAUAAUCAUCAAUUUAGUAUGAGAUCACAAGCGUAUUACUCUAUAUCAUGAAUAUAAUCCAAAAAUGUAGAUCGUUAUGUUCCAACCCUCAUUCUCUUUCUCCC